AUGAAUCCCAUACUAAAAAUAUUUUUGAUUCAUUGUUGGGCAAAUAUAUAUUUAAUAAUUGGGAUUAGCAUGGGUCUAAGUCUCAGUAUAAUGUUAAUACCAGUUGAUGUAGAUAAUUAUAAUAAGAAUACAGAAUAUUUAAUGCAUUAUUUAAGUUAUCAAGAAGACUUGGAUGAAUAUGAACCAAAAAUAAAUAUUAAUAACAAACCUCAACAAGCACAAAAAGUUUCUAAAGCAUUAGUACGUCCGAGAUAUUAUUCUACAGAGCUUGGAAUUAGAGAAAAAUUAUUUAUAGGAGUGAUAACAAGUCAACAAUAUUUAUAUAGUCGAGACAUAGCAAUCAAUAAAACAGUUGCCCACAUUGUGGAUAAAGUACGUUAUUUCAUUUCUAUACCAGAAGGAACAAAACCUAAUGUUACUCUUCCUGGCAUAGUUGGAUUUACAGAUACCAGAAGUAUUUUGAAGCCAUUCCAUACUAUGAAAUACAUAAUUGAUAAUUAUUUGGAAAAUUAUGAUUAUUAUUUUUUGAUCAAAGAUGCAAAUUACAUCAAUAUUAAGAAAUUAGUAAAAUUUGUUACCAAAAUUAGUGUAAGUCAAAAUGUUCAUGUGGGUGUCCUUGGAGAUAUUCCAACUUAUUGUUCCUUGGAUUCAGGAAUCCUUUUGAGCAAUUCAGUAAUACAAGAAUUAAAGAACAAUUUAGAUUGGUGUGUAAAAAACUCUUAUUCUGAAUCAGAUGAUAUUAAUUUUGGGCGAUGCAUUAUGCAUUCUACUUCAAUACCUUGCUCUAAUCAUAUACAAGGGCAAAAAUUUUUGUACACCAAAUUGGAACCAACAUUCUCGUUUGAACAGAAUUUAAAGCAAUUAGUUAGAAAUAAACAGUUCCUAAAUUCACUUGUAAUAUACCCAAUAUAUGAUCAUUUUUUAGUUUACAAAUUAAACACUUAUUUUGCCGCAGUAAGUUUGUUAAAUGUAUUUAAAAUUAUUUAAUGUAUUAAUUUAUUAUAUUAUUUAUUAAUAUUUAAUUUAAGUAUAGGUCCUCCACAAGAACAUAAUGUUUCUUGGCCUAUUGGUAAUCAACCAGGAAACAAAGCAGUUGGUCGUUUCGAUAUUUUGCGAUGGACAUAUUUUAACGAGACCCACAUAUUUUUUGAUACUGACUUCUCAAUUAUACAGGAAUUAAAAACUGACGCUAAAUUCGACAUAGAGCGUAUAAUUAAUAUUACAGCUUCUAGUAUUCUUGCUGAUUAUCAAGAUACAAUAAAAUUUAAUAAACUUUUAAAUGGAUAUCGAAGAUUUGAUGCAUCUCGAGGAAUGGAUUAUAUAUUAGACUUAGCAUUUAUUGAUGUUAGUACUAGUAAAAUAUUAAGAAAGAGAAUUGAAGUGUGUAAACCGCUUGGUAAAGUUGAGAUCUUGCCUGUUCCAUAUGUUACUGAAAAUACAAGGAUAAAUAUAAUAUUGAUCAUAAAUUUAUCAAAAAAGCAAGAUGCAUUAAAUUUUUUGGAGCAAUAUGCUUUAGACUGUAUGGAAAAAAAGUAUAAGACUUUUCUGAUGGUGGUUCUUUUAUAUAAUUUUGAUGCUGCAUCAAAAGGGAAGGGAGACAUAUAUUAUGAAAUUAAACAAUAUGCACUAUUAUUGGCUGAAAAAUAUAAGAAACAGCAAUCAAAAAUUACCUGGCUUUCUAUACGUUUGCCAAAUAUUAUAACAUCUGUUGAAACAAAUCAUUUGCUGAAUAUUGCUAUUACAGAUUUAUGUAUAAGAAAAUUUACACCUGAAAGUUUGAUACUUUUUGUUGAGACUGGAAUAGAACUGCGACUGGAUUAUUUAAACAGAAUUCGCAUGAACACUAUUAAUCAGUAUCAAGUAUUUAGUCCAAUUCCUUUCAUGGAAUACCAUCCGGAUAUAGUUCAUAUGAACGAUAUAAAACAAGUUGAUACAGAUAUUAAUCGAAAUCAUGGAAGAUACGAUGAAUAUAAUUUUAAUAAUAUCGCCUUUUAUGUUAAAGACUACAAUACAAUGAGAAAAACUGUUGAGACUAGCAUUCCAAUAAUACAUUCUGAUCGAGAUAUUUCUUCAAUGUUGAAGCUUUCACAGAAUAUUCCUAUAACUUCUUUGUUCGAGAUGUUUGUUUCUUUCAGUAAUGUGCACAUUUUACGUGCAAUAGAGCCGGCCCUCAAAGUAAAGUAUAAAAAUUUUGAUUGUUCUUACACAACUGAUGAUAUCAACAAGUUUUGUAUAUGGUCGAAAAAUCUUCAUUUGGGUCGGCGUAGUCAACUCGCCAGAUUGAUACUGGAUUAUCAAACUUACUUAAAUACUUUAUAAGCAUAAAUAUACGACUAAAUGAUACGACUAUAAUACUCUCACAUCGAACAUAGUUAUAUAGUUUAUAUAGUACAAACUUUU